AUGGACCACGAAAGCCUGAGAACGGCGUCGACAUACCUCAACAACCUCCUCCUCUCCCGCGGACUCCUCCGUAAUGGCGACCCCAUCGACUUUGUCAAGCCGUCCAAGGAGAGUCGCGCGCAGAUCAUCAAUCUGGUGCACGACCUGAUCCUUCGCGAAGAUCGUGCCAAAGACCAACGAGAACAAGUCGMCAGCACCAUCCGGACUCUCAAAGCCGAGGAUUCGCGCAAAUCGCAAGACCUUGAACGACUCAACGUCAAGAACGAUGAGUCUGUUCGGUCUGCCGCGCAAGCACAGGCUUCGGAACGUACGGCGUUGGCAGAACUGAAGAAAGUCGAACGGGCGAUGAAGACAUUACAAGAUCAGACGGCCAAGUUGAAGACGACGUUGGCGCAGGUCAAGACGCAGUGCACAAACGAUGUGCGGAAACGUGAUUUGGAACUUGCACGCUUGAAGACGCAUCUACAGGGUCAGCAAAGAGGGAAUCGGGUGGGAAUGACGGCGCCGAGUAUGUCGGUCAGAAAGGCGUCGGGGGAGAGUGCGGCGCAUGGAUUGGAUGAUCCGGAGUACAGUCUGAAGCAGGAGACGACCGAGUUCCUGACGCAGCUCAGCCAGAGUCUCAGUGAUGAGAACGAUGGCUUGAUCAGUCUGUUGUGGGAUUCGUUGAGCACGAUGAAGACGGUCUUGGGACUGCCGGCGAAUGCGAAGAGGCAUCCCGAUAGUGCGCUGGGCAGCAUGGGCRGUGAUGCCGAGAGCAACGGCAAACAGAGGACAGGAAGCAGUCUAUUGCAUGCUCUACCUACAUCAUACGAAGCUCUUUCCACGGACAUGGAGUCGAUUCUAACACACAUGAAGACCAUCUUGACGAAUCCAAAUUUCGUGCCUAUCGAGGAGGUGGAAGUAAGAGAGGAUGAGAUUACAAGACUGCGAGAAGGAUGGGAGCACAUGGAGAAGCGUUGGAAUGAUGUGCUGGCCAUGAUGGAAGGCUGGCUACGACGCAUGGACACGGGCGACACCRUCAACAUUGAUGAUCUGCGCAGGGGAAUGGGUCUAGUAUCUCCUGGUACACGGAGAAGAAGAGCCGCCGAGCAAGUGGAUGCGGAGGAGAGCAUGCUGGAGAGUGAUACGAGCUCCAUCGCGCUUCCCGGCGUCGACGAGGCAAGCUUGGUAGCAGCCUCUCCCGAGCAGGUACCAAGUCGGCCGAUGAGUAGUCCGAAGCGGAAACGCGAUAUACUGGAACCGCCCGAGUUCUUCGACUUGCGGCCCCGUUCAAGCAAGUCUGCGCCACAGGCUCCUCCAAAACAGGCAACGGAGCCAGAACCUGCCCUUCCAGAGCUUGAAGACGAGAGUGAGGAGCUCGAAGUCCCGCAAAUGACAAUCGCGGAAAAGCUUAGCGUUGCUCAAGAAGAGGCCGAGCAAGCAGCGAAAGAGCGCGCACGAACCAAGCGAACUUCUCCUGCGCCUCUUCACGGAUUAGACGGAGCCAUGGACGACGAGCGGGACGACGACACUUUGGGUAAGAUGCCCGGAGACGUCACGCUCGGAAAGAUGAUUUCAACAUCUCCAAUGGCGAAGAAGACGAGAAUCAGAGGAAGACCUAGGAAGAGGAAGAGCACGCUGAGUCCAGAUGAGCUGGAAGCGAUCAUGGCUGCUAACGCUGAGGCUGAGGAGGAGGGAUUCUAG